AGACACACACCGACUUCGGCACUCCGCGGCGUGAAUUCCCUGGCCAGCCAGUGCCUGAACUGCCCUGUCCUGCCAGUGCCAAUCAUUGACAGUUUGAAUUGAACCUUUGGCGCGUUGUCGUCUUAUUGCGGUCAUUAGUCCAGUUCCCAUCUUUUCCACUCUGGGGACUGUGUCUUCGUCGCUCGCCAUCCGCCAUCCAAUUUCCAGGUUGUCCACGUGCGUGGGCUAAGGACGAAGGUUCCCCCAGUGAACGGCUCCCCCAAUUCUGGCAACCAUGUGCGGCAUUCUCGCGCUCAUCCUCGCCGACUCGUCGAGCACCGACGCCGCCGUCGACCUGCACGAGAGCCUGUACUACCUGCAGCACCGCGGCCAGGACGCCUGCGGCGUGGCCACGUGCGCGGCCGGCGGCCGGAUAUUCCAGUGCAAGGGCAAUGGCAUGGUAUCCAAGGUCUUCGAGGAUGGCAGGCGCGUCGCCGACCUGCCGGGGUACAUGGGCAUCGCCCACCUGCGGUAUCCCACCGCGGGCACUAGCUCGAGCGCCGAGAGCCAGCCGUUCUACGUCAACUCCCCCUACGGCAUCUGCUUCGCGCACAAUGGCAACCUGAUCAACGCCCCCGAGCUGCGAGAUUUUCUCGACAAGGAGGCCCACCGCCACGUGAACACCGACUCGGACAGCGAGCUGAUGCUCAACGUCUUCGCCAACGCGCUGAACGAGACCGGCAAGGCCCGCGUCAACGUCGACGACAUCUUCAGCGCCCUGGCCCAGACCUACCAGCGCUGCCAGGGCGCCUGGGCCGUCACCGCCAUGAUCGCCGGCUUCGGCAUCCUGGCCUUCCGCGACGCCUACGGCAUCCGCCCGCUGAUCAUGGGCAGCCGGCCGUCGAGCACUGUCGAGGGCGGGACGGACUACAUGCUGGCCUCGGAGAGUAUUGCCCUCCGGCAGCUCGGGUUCCGCAACUUCCAAGACAUCCUGCCCGGCCAGGCCGUCUUCAUCCAGAAGGGCGGCCAGCCGCAGUUCCACCAGGUCGCCGAGGCCCAGGCCUACUCGCCCGACAUCUUCGAGUACGUCUACUUCGCGCGGCCCGACACCAUCAUGGACGGCAUCUCGGUCAACAGCAGCCGGCAGAACAUGGGCGCCAAGCUGGCCGACAAGCUGCGCGAGGUGCUCGGCGAGGACGGCAUCCGGGAGAUCGACGUGAUCAUCCCGGUGCCGGAGACGAGCAACACGGCGGCCGCGGUCGUGUCGGAGCGCCUCGGCAAGCCCUUCUCCAACGGCUUCAUCAAGAACCGCUACGUGUACCGCACCUUCAUCCUGCCCGGCCAGAAGGCGCGCCAGAAGAGCGUGCGGCGCAAGCUCAGCGCCAUGGAGUCCGAGUUCAACGGCCGGGUCGUCUGCCUCGUCGACGACUCCAUCGUCCGCGGCACGACCAGCCGCGAGAUCGUCAGCAUGGCCCGCGAGGCCGGCGCCCGCAAGGUCAUCUUUGCCAGCUGCGCGCCGCCCAUCAAGCACCCCCAUAUCUACGGCAUCGACCUGGCCACGCCGCAGGAGCUCAUCGCGCACGAGAAGACGAGGCAGGACAUCGCGCGGCACAUCAACGCCGACGACGUCAUCUACCAGGACCUCGACGACCUCAAGGCCGCCUGCAUGGAGGUCAGCCCCGGCGGCAAGGUCAGGGACUUCGAGGUCGGCGUCUUCUGCGGCAAGUACAAGACGGCCGUGCCCCCGGGCUACUUCGAGCACCUCAACGAGGUCCGCGGCAAGAAGCGCAAGAUGGCCGACGAGGCCGUCCCGGGUGCGGGUGCGGGCGCCACCGCCGCCAAUAAUGCCGGCGCGCAGCAAGUUGUCGGCAACGGCGGGCCGGUCAACGUGGCCAAGCGCGCGCUGACGGACGGCGACACCGUCGGGCUGGCGGUUAGGGCGCAGGGCCAGGGCCAGGGUCAGGACAACGCUGCUGCUGUUGAUGGGCCGGGGGAGGAGGGGACUGCCCCCAUGCCGAACCCGAGUAAUCGGCAGGAUAUCAGCAUCCAUAACCUCGCGAACGAGCCCCCGAGUCAGUGAAGCAAGUCAGGGGAGAGACUUGAUCAUGUGUGACCGUGUUCCGGCAUCUUGAGAGAGGG